UUAUGAAUGAAAUUUGUGGUUAUAUGAUUUUAAAAUUAUGAAUGAAAUUCAAAUUUCUCAAAUGUGCUAAGCAGUUUCUAUGAAGUAAGCUGUCUGUAUCUUUUUAGCCGUUUGUGGUUUUGUGGGUGAGGUCGUGGUGACAGGAAAUAAUAACAUAGGUGUGUGGGUUGCUCAAAACCUGAUUACAACUUCGACAAAAUGGACGAAAAACCGCAACAAACUGAUGUGAUUGGGUCCUGGAAUCCAGUCAAUUUUGUGCUGAGUGUCUUGGAAGAGAAUGGCUGGCUCUUACUGGCUCUGUGUGGUGUAUCCUAUAUGCUGUAUGGCCGUAUACGGCAGUACUACGAGAUAUGGAAGACUGUGCAUGAAGAUGCAGAGUACCAUAAAGAUCCUGACAAGAUGCUGAUGCGCAUGGAAGAUUUUCACCGUGUGCGAGAAUUGCAGCAGAGACAGAUGGAAGAGGCCACGAAGAAAGCUUGGCAGCAAGAGAAAGAACGCGAGGAACGCAAGCGACAGGAGAACUUAGAGCGGCUGCAGAAGUAUGGCGCGGCCGGCGGUAGCAGACUGGGCGACGGAGAUGACUUCCUGCCAUUGAGUGGCGGAGGGUCGACAUCUUCCUACCGUCCGCCCAAGCGCUCUGCGUGCUCACGCGGCGGCUGCGGCCGGUAGACUGACCCUCGCAAUCUGCAUCUACAGACCAGGGAGGGGUUAAGGGGCGGGAGGGCGGUGCAUCAACUGCUCCUAAACCGUAUAGUGUAAGAUCCGGCAUUAGAAAUAUGUACCCUCAUCUUUUAUUCAUUGGUGUUAUGAAAUAAAUAAUAGAUAAUGUUCACAGUGGCACAUUUCAAAUUGAUCAAAAGUACUUUGUUCAGUUAUAUUAAGCCUAAAAUAAGCUUUUAUUUGUUAUAUUAGACGCUUAAACAACUGAUGAGGGUAUAUAAUAGUACAUUAUGAUAUAAGUGCGGUAAGUUGAAAAUUACAGCCGAGACGAUAUUGCAAGCUCGAGCCGUAGGCAAGAGCUAUAGUAAGCAAGCAGAGGCUGUAAUUAUCAAAGCGCACGUAUAUCAUACGACGUUUUAUAACUUUAUAACACAUUUGCGAAGAAACACACUUUCUGAAAAUUUAUUUGCAUCUUCGCCUGUUUUCCAUGUCAUGACAAUUUUUAUGUUUGCACAGGUGGUGAUGGGUGCCCCAAAAACAGCCAGUAUUACUCAUAAAGUAGAUUAUUAUUUUCGCGUUUCUGUUACAGAUAAAUGGUUGUCAUUUAUUGUCAAAAUUAUUAAAAUGAAAGAAUUAAAUGUUAGUUAUUAUAUUUUAUCUCACAAAGUUAAUUUUAUUCAUAAAAUGUUGAGCACUUUUCUGUCAUAAAAACUCUUUGCUAAGAUUUAUAAAAGUACUGUUCGUUUUUAGAUGAUGAAAGUUUUACAUUACAUUAAAGCACAUGUGCAUUUUACAUUACAUUACGGCACAUGUGCGCAAGGAGAUACAUUACAAUAUUGAAAUUGGUGAAAUAAGCGAUACUUUACGAGCAAAUGUGUUAUAAAUAACAUUACUUAACUGUAUAUAUCAACCCCACAGUUGCAGUGUAAAAGCUGGCAACCUAUAUUUUUUCAAUUCUUAUGGUUAUAUUCUAUUAAGUAUUAAAUUAAUUAAAAAAAAAAUCAAUCAACUGAUAAGGGUAUAUAUUUCUUAUGCCGGAUCUCGUACUAAUACUUUUGUGAUGGUUUUUAUUUUUAUAAGAUAUUCGGGAAAACAAGGCCAAUAUUAACGCAUAUUUACAUUAAAAAAACAAAUUAAUUGUCAGGAUAUUGCAAACAAACAUUGUAAUAUCCUGAUAUGUUUAUAUAUUUAAAAGGAUUAUAUAAUUUGAUUUCAAAAGGAUGUAAAAUUUCAAAUUUAAUCAAAAAUAUUUUUUUAGAAUUUAAAAUGUCCUGAGUGUAAUUCAUAUUAAUUUAUUAUGAAACACGGCUAAAACUUACGUGAUACAAUAUCGGAGUAUGCCCGGCUAGUUUCGAACGCAUACGGGGCCCUUAGUCAUAAGCUGGUUCUUGCAACGUGGCACGAUCCAAACUGCGACGCAGCGGCGCGCGCGGCCGCUCGCAGCGCGCGUUAAGAGAGGGGCUGAGGGGUGCGGAGUGAAGGUUUCGUUCAUGAAUGUCAUCUUGAUUGGAUCCAUCUUCUUGUAAACGUACCUUACCCGUAGUCGGAACGGUACCUUCACCCCUUAGCCCCUCUCUCAAAAAUAUUUUAACGUAAUUAGAUGAAAAUUCAUAAAUGUUUAACUUCCUUACAUUAAAUGUUACAUUAUUCAUUAUCAGAAAUAUAUACGUAGAAGUACAAUUAACAAAGA